CAUACAUCAUGACCCCUAAAUUCACGCAUCUCGACUGGUUGAUUUGUGUCCCUUAACCAGAAACCUGUCAGUACACAGGCCAGGAAUAAAGUCCGAUUGGUAGUCUCUAAUCAUCAGGUGAGAGAAUACUAGCAUGAUGACCGAGAGCCCAGGGAUUCGCCAACGUUUAGACCACCCCCAAUAAAUUGGCCACGAUCUCGGAUCAUAUAUGGUAUAGGUCUCGCUGCAUCAUUCCUUCGUUCACUAAUAUUCCUAUCACAUUUGACAAUACUGAAUAAUCAAACACAUCAUGUCUUCCUGGUUUCAAAGCUCACCGCACACAAACAGCAAAAAGGGCUUUUCGGCCGACAAAUUCAAGGAGGCGCUCAACCCAACGAGCGAUACCAAUGUCAACAUGCUGAAGCAAGAAGCCGACCAUACCAGCCAGCUGUCCGGCCAGCAGUUCAAUCCGGGUAGCGGUAGCGGCACAGGGGAGGGACGCAGAUCCUCCGGAGCCACCGGAUUCGGCGGCAUGGUUCCGUUCGCCAGCCUCCAAGCCGAGAAGCGGGACCCCAACAAUAUGAACGCUGCCCAGCGACGAGCGAGUAUCGAAGAUCAAAGGACGAGGCGGGGAUCGAUUGGGAAGAUGUGGGAUAAUUUCACUAAGGGGCCGGUUUCUGGCGGCGAGAAGAGUGGAGGAACCUCUGGGAUGAAGUAAUGGAUAGCCAAGUUGCUGAGGACUAGGAGAUGUGUUGCUCGGACGGAAGUAGAAUUUUAUAAUGGAUAAGAUAUGUACAGUAUCUUUCAGUGGUGUCCCAAGUCAG